AACUCACACCAAAACCAAACCAGCUAUUCCUCAGCUAUUUCUUGAAGCAAUUUCAAAAUUACCCAUUUUCAUUAUUAAUAUACAUCCAUCUCUCUCUAAUGUCUAUGACUACUAACUACUUUCUGUGAUGACUUCCCAACUAUAUUCUGCUCUUCAUUGUAUAAAAAUUGUUUCCCACUUCUCUGUUUGUUGCUGAGAAUACAUUUUCAAGAUUUUUUUUCUGUGCUUAAUAAUCAAAGAAAAUGAGGAAUUGGAGAUGGGGUUUAGCUGCCCUUCUUUUUUCUGCAAUUUUCUUGAGGAUUCAUGCUGUGGAGCACCAUAGAACUCAACAUACAGAGCGGAUUUCAGGUAGCGCUGGCGAUGUCUUGGAUGAUGAUCCUGUGGGAAGACUGAAAGUAUUUGUUUACGAGCUUCCAAGCAAAUAUAACAAAAAGAUUUUACAGAAGGAUCCAAGAUGCCUUUCACACAUGUUUGCUGCAGAAAUUUAUAUGCAUCGCUUUCUCUUAUCAAGCCCUGUUCGAACUCUCAAUCCCGAGGAAGCUGAUUGGUUCUAUACUCCUGUAUAUACAACCUGUGACUUGACCCCAAAUGGUCUCCCUCUGCCUUUCAAAUCACCACGCAUGAUGAGAAGUGCAAUACAACUCAUUUCUUCGAAUUGGCCAUAUUGGAAUAGGACAGAAGGGGCUGACCACUUCUUCAUAACUCCUCAUGACUUUGGAGCGUGCUUUCAUUAUCAAGAAGAGAAGGCAAUUGAAAGAGGUAUUCUUACAUUGCUGCAGCGUGCUACUUUGGUUCAAACUUUUGGACAAAAAAACCAUGUUUGCUUAAAGGAAGGUUCUAUCACAGUUCCACCUUAUGCUCCUCCCCAGAAAAUGCAGUCUCACUUAAUCCCUCCAAAAACACCUAGAUCCAUCUUUGUUUACUUCAGAGGUUUGUUUUAUGAUGUGGGAAAUGACCCAGAGGGUGGUUAUUAUGCGAGAGGUGCAAGGGCAGCAGUGUGGGAGAACUUUAAGGACAAUCCACUUUUCGACAUCUCCACAGAGCACCCAACUACUUACUAUGAAGACAUGCAACGAGCAAUUUUUUGCUUGUGUCCACUAGGAUGGGCUCCCUGGAGUCCUAGAUUAGUUGAAGCCGUGAUCUUUGGCUGUAUUCCUGUUAUCAUUGCAGAUGACAUUGUUCUGCCUUUUGCUGAUGCAAUUCCAUGGGAAGAAAUUGGGGUUUAUGUGCCAGAGAAGGAUGUUCCAAAUCUGGACACAUUGCUUACUUCUAUUCCCUCAGAGGUCAUAUUGAAAAAACAGAGGUUGCUUGCAAAUCCUUCAAUGAAGCAGGCAAUGUUAUUUCCCCAACCAGCUCAACCUGGGGAUGCUUUCCAUCAAAUUUUAAACGGGCUUGCUAGAAAGCUACCGCAUGACAGAAGCAUCUUCUUGAAACCUGGAGAGAAAAUCUUAAACUGGACCGCAGGCCCAGUCGGGGACCUGAAACCUUGGUAGUGGUAUUGGUGAUUGCGUUUCUCCUUGUGAAGGUAGUAAUGUACCUUGGAUAUACAAAUUCUUACUUUGGUAAUGGUUCUUGGAGUCUUUUGACUUUUCUUCUGCACUCUCUCGGGUCCUGAAGCCCAGAAUUCGUUAUUCAUGUACAGCUGAAAUCCCCACUUUGCUCAAUCAUACAAUCAAGAAUAGCGGAUAAUCCCCUCGUCUUGGUAGUAAGAUGUAUAGAACAUAUAAAUCUACUGGGGACUAGCUUCGAGUGUCUGUAUUUGUAUGAGAAACAAAAGGAACAACAACUUUGUAGUGGAUAUUCAUUCUUUUCCUCUUUUCA